AAAGCGCGCCGCCCGCGCCGGUGCAGGCCCGCCCCCUGCAGACCCCAGUCUGCGUCGUAGUGGGGGCAGGGGCGCUCGCCUCGCCGGGAGGGGGAGGGGAAGGCCCGCCUCCGCGGCUCGGGCCGCCCCCGCAAUUGGGGGCGGGGAGGACAUUGGCGCCGCUCCCCCGCCCCCUCCAAGUCUCUCCGUGAGCGCCCCCUGGCGCCCCGUUAGCCGGGGAGAGAGAGGGGGCGCGGUGAGGGGGCGGGAGGGGUCCACCUCCAACCUCCCAGACCUUGGAGGGGCUGGGCGUCCUCCGCGAUCGAAAAGGGAUCACGCCGGCGAGCCCCUCAGGGCCACAGCGGCCCUUGCCCGCCGCGCCCCUAGACUUCUCCGGGAGGGGGGCGCCCCCAGCCCGCGCUCGCCCCUGCCCUUUCGGCCCCGCCCCCCGCGCUGGCCCCGCCCCUCCCGCCCCCACCCCCUCCGCGACUCACUCCGAAGUUUCCUGCGCCGCGCGCGGACACGCUGUGGGCUCGCUCACUCGCCCGCUGCUGUCUUCUCCGCCUCCGGUCCGCACUCCUCCGCCCGCGCCCCUGACCCGCGCCCAUCCGCCUAGUGAUCCCCUCCGCUCCCGGGCCACCGUCGUCGCCUGGUCUGCCCGAGCCGUAGCGGGAGCAGGCGCCGCGGCCGGAGCCGGGAGCUUGCGGGCCGGGGGCGCGAGCCGGGGGCAGCAGUAUUCCAGUCGGGCCGAACGCCGUGCCGGGUCCGCGGUGACUGCGCUGCCCGGGCAAUGCCCGCGGGGACACCGCCGGCCGCCGGAGUGAGGUGAGACGCGGUGAGGAGGCGCGCCCCACUGCGCGCCGGGACCCUUUCAACUUGAGUGCAGCGGGCGAGGAGCCCCUCAAGUACCCGCCCGGGCCCCGCUGGUGGGGGAGGGGCCGCCCAGCCCUCGCCGGAGGGAGGGGGCGGGCGGGGGGCGCAUUUGUCUCUAAUAAGAAAAGACAAAGACAUCCCGGCGGCCGCGGUUGUUUCCGCAGCUCUGCUCCGCUGGAGGCGGGCGAGGCUGUCGUUCCUGGGGCCCGGUCACCGCCUGUCCCCCACAGGUGCUGCCCUCCACUACCAUGAUCGAGGGCGCGCUGUCGGCGGAUGAGGUCCCAGUGUCCCAGGGCACGCCGGCCCCCGGCCCUGCGGCGGCAGCGGGGGCAUCCCCGGCGAGCCCUGGGGUGCUGGGGUGCGAGGUGGAUCGGGGGUCCGGGCCCAGCUCGUCGACCCCCGAGAGUCCGACUGUUGAGCGCAACGCGGAGCUGGGCGCCGACGAGGAGCAGCCCGUCCCGUACCCGGCGCUGGCGGCCACUGUCUUCUUCUGCCUUGGGCAGACCACGCGGCCGCGCAGCUGGUGUCUCCGGCUGGUCUGUAACCCAUAUCCUUCUCUGGCCGUUGGGUUGCGGGGACCCGGGGUGCGGGACUCACUCCGCGUGCGCCCCCGCGCUCCCAGGUUUGUUGUACCCGGCUGGGGCUGGGCGUGCGGGGGACGCAGGACGCUGUCAUCGCGUCCCUCCGAAAGAGGUAGCUUGGCCGCUCUUCGGGGGACAGUAGGGUGUCUGUCCCCACACGAAUGGGGUGUGCCCGGUCCAGAGCCACUGAAGACGGCAGAGAGUGAAAGAGUAUCGGCAAGGCUACCGCGGGCUUGGAGGGGAGAGGAGUCGUCAGGGAGGGGAGGUCGGAACUCCCUGCACACCCGUGGGUUGGGGUCAGAAGAAUUCUUCCUAGACUAACAGAAUGUCUGCCUCGAGGUAGGAUCUCCGCUGGGGAAGGGAAGCCUGGAAGGAACUAGAGUAAGGGGAGCAAAGUUUUCAACCCGUGCCUUGCCUUUCAAGCUGUGCGGGAGACCCGUGGGGGCCCGGGAAGCGAUGCGCAUUCUCUGGUCCUUUUCCGUGGAGAGAGGCGGUGACGUUGAUUGGGAACUCGCCUUUUCAGGCUGAACCUAGUGCUGGGGCCGAUUUAAGUCAUGCGCAGCUGGGGGUGAGGAUGGGGGGCAGGGAGGCAGCUGGCACCGCACCCUAUAGUCCCUUUCCGGGUGCUUUCUCUAGGUAGAGAGAAAGGGACCACCCGAUCUGCUCCUGUUCAGAACAGCACAGACUUUUAGAGAAGAUUCCAGAGCAGAGCUGAGUCCUGCCGGGGACAUUUCUGGGAUGCAGGCAGCAGGUCUGCUCCCCCGCCCAGUAGGUUGCCUUUGGGGACUGUCAGCUUCUAGUCACCUGUCUCCUGGCUGCUUCUCACUUUAGCCUGCCUUCGGAGCUGAUUGCCAGGUGGCUAGGCUAUGGGUGUGGAGCCUUCCUGCCCCUGGAUCUGGAAGGACUGGACGUCCCAGAAGGGCUGUUGGGCUGGAGGGGGCAGCUGAGGAGAGGAGGUUGACAAGCAGGACCCUGGACAUAAACUUUGCUUGUCAGAGUUGAGAAGACAGACAAAGGCGAAAUGAGUAAUGUGUGUAUAUAUUUUUUGUACCUUGUGUGUUUAAUUGUGUAAA